CUUGGCUUCCUUCAAACAAGGCCUACGUUGUCGAUUUCUAAGGGCUCCCGAAGCAUUAUUAGCCCCCAUUUCCCAGACAAAUUAAUUUUUUAGGCAAGUGACCGUCUAACAUGUUACAUGCUGGAGACUUUUUGGCGAGAUGUUCUGAUUCCCCAAGAUUCCUCACUUCUUAAUUUGUUUAGUUUGUAGCAUGGGGCAAAGCGUCAUGUGUUCCCUAGCAACUUAAGUUUUUGGGGCUAUAUGGUAUGCAAUUGGUUUUCAUAGUUGACUAAUUAGCAUAAUACAUAGAGCAGAUCAGGUUUCCUAUGUAAGUAUGUUUUUUUUCAUGCAUUCGAACAAGUUACAAGUAUGAGCGCAACCUAGUGAAAUUGUUUAGGUUCAAACUUGAGUUCGAAGGGAGGAGCACAUUUCUCUUGCCAACGUAACGAAACCAAAGUCUGCAGCUCUUACAAAAUCCAGGGAAAAAAAGAUUACCAACUACAGGUUAAGGUUAGUAAUGACCUCAUACGCGUUUUACGGUUUGAGGAUAUGGAGGAAUAUUGACAUUCUUGAUGGUGUAAGAUCUCCUCUUACAACUUUUACUUUUGUUGAAGAAAAUAAUGCGGUGAAAGCAAUUGGAGUAAAGAAAUGGAAGUUGAUGAUUGAAUUAUUACUUAAAUGUUGAUUAAUGUGCUUAUUUAUUAUUGGUGACACAUCAUUUAGUUUGCAAUUUUAGUCAAUAAAUUUAGUUUCGCUAGCAUUACUCUUUAUGAAAACAGAAGAAGCAUGGUUUAUAACUUGAGAAAUGCUAAGAAGACUUUCUUAAAUGAAGGUAUAAAAUACCGAGAGGCAAACAGUUUACCUUCGGUUCCAGCAAGAAAGCACAUGGAAAGAAGUUGACUUCCAUUAAUUAGUUCAUUGUGUUGCUAGAAAGCACAUGGAAAGAAGUUGACUUCCAUUAAUUCAUUGUGUUCACUUCGCCUCCUUUAUAUUGAGGGUCUUUGUUUUGUUAUGCAACUCAAGUGUGGAGCAAUAAGAUGGCUUCAGAGAUCAAGGUUGAAAUCCUCCACAAGGAAACAAUUAAACCUUCCUCUCCAACUCCUCACCACCUUAAAACUACCAGCCUCUCCGGUUAUGAUCAGCUUACCCCUGAAAUUUAUGUCCCACUAAUUCUCUUCUAUCCCAAUGGCGGUGAUGAGGCCAGUCUCGAUCACCAUGCUUCGUUUGCUUAUAGAUUCAGCCUUCUAAAAAAAUCGUUAUCUAAAACCCUCACUCAUUUCUACCCCUUUGCAGGAGAAUUUAUAUAUAAUGUUUCUAUCAGCUGCAGUGACCAUGGGGCUGGAUUGAUUGAAGCCCAAGUCAACUGUCCCAUAUCGAAGAUUUUGGACAAACCUGAUUUCCAGAUCUUCAGACAGUUGAUUCCAACUUCAAUGGAUUCCAAGCAAGCAGAGACAGGGCAUCUUCUGCUGGUGCAGGUCAGCUCAUUUAAAUGUGGUGGAUUGGCAAUUGGGAUUAGCAUUUCACAUAAGGUCGCUGAUGCUUCCACACUCAGCGCAUUCAUCAAAAGCUGGACCGCAAUUGCCCUUGGCUUGGCAGGUGCUACUGACCAUGCAGUGCCUUCUCCAGAAUUUGGCAUCGCAGCUACUCUCUUCCCGCCACAAGAUAUCUUCAAUUCACAACAAGUAACCGUGGAAUUUCCUCCAGAUAAGGGUAUAACAAAGAGAUUUGUGUUUGAUGCCUCAAAGGUUGCUGCUCUCAAGUCCAAAGCUGCCAGUGCCACUGUGCCAAAUCCUACACGAGUUGAAGUUGUAUCAGCGCUCAUUUGGAAAUGUGCAAUGGAAGCUUCAAGAUCAAACUUAGGUUUUACAAAACCAUCUGUGUGGUCUCAAGCGGUGAACAUGAGAAAAAGAUCAGGGAAAACCUUGGCGGAAAACAUAUUGGGGAACUUUUUGUGGUACUUUGCGGCAAUGAGUAUGGAGAGUGAGGUGGAUCUGGAAGGCUUGGUUGCAAAAUUCAGGAAUGGCAUUGAGGAAUAUAAAGAAAAGUAUCCAAACAGUGUUAGUUGUGAGGAUGCACUUCAAAGCAUCAAAGAGUCUGGGAACAUCCUGAUAAAUGACAGUAUGGUGACCUAUAGUUGUAGCAGUUGGUGCAGGUUUCCCUUCUAUGAAACAAAUUUUGGAUGGGGGCAGCCAUCAUGGGUGAGUACUUAUGGUAGUGAAUUCAAGAAUACGAUUCUAUUAAUGGACACAAGUGAUGGUGUUGGUGUGGAAGCGUUGUUGACUGUCACAGAAGAAGACAUGGCCAUAAUUGAAAAACAUGAAGACCUGCUUGCAUAUGCUUCUGUGAAUCCGCCUGUCAUUUAAUUAACAUCCUCUUGCGGUUCUUAGAUGGAUGUGAUUGUAUACAUUUGAAUUAUUGUUUCGAUGCUUCUACUGUCUGUGUGCUUUCAUUACUUUUUGCUCCUUAUUGUUUCUGUACUGCAUCUUCAAUAAAUUUGAUAUGUUUUCAGCUUCAUAUUAGAACAAUCAAUGAAUGAAGGAGAUAUAUUUCACCGUCUGUG